AUGACAGUCUCCAGGAAAAAGACCGAAAAGGAUAAAGAACAGACAAAACAGGAUGUGGAGGUCUCCGUUAAGGGCAUCAAGCAACCCGAACUACCAGUGUUCGAGGGAGUCAUCGCCAAGUUCGAAGACUGGGAGGUGGUUUUUGACGCGUUCAUUGGAACCUCAAGGAUUGAUCCAAAGUUGAAGAUGCUCUACCUAAAGAACAGCCUCUCUGGCGAAGCGUUGAAGCUCGUAGAGGGCUACAAACCAUCUGAGAUGGGCUAUGCAAAGGCAAGAGAGGCCCUGACAGACAAGUACGGCGGAAAAACGAGACGGAUCCGACAUGGCCUCAAUGACAUUCGGCAGUUCUCCAACAUCGCCGAGGGAGACACCAGGCGCCUGGAGCAGUAUGCCGAUAAAGUCGAGCUGGCUCCGGAUGACCGCAAGUAUCACCGAGUACUGUGGAGAAAUAUGAAGGACGAGGAGCCCACCGUAUACGAGUCAAACAGAUGGCUGUUUGGAAACGCGGCCGCUCCAUUCGUCGCACAGUUCGUGCUAAAAGAAAACGCCAAGAAGCACGCCAGCGCGUUUCCGCUGGGUUCUGAGGUGCUACUGAAGCAUUUCUACAUGGAUGACGGCAUCCAGUCCUUCCGAACCGAACACGAGGCUGUAAAGGCGAGAGAGCAGGUCAGUACCAUUUUGGAAGAUGGUGGCAUGAAGAUCAAGAAAUGGAUGUCUAACAAUGCGAGUGUGCUGAAGGCCAUCCCCAUCGAAGACAGAGCAGUCAGCUCUCAGCACUUCUUCGAAGAUCAAGGCUCGGUACCAACCAAGACGCUUGGAGUAGUCUGGUCAGCAGAUGAAGAUCACCUGUCCAUAGACACGUCAAAGCGAGGAGGCCUCUGCGGAGAACUGACCAAAAGAGCGUGCCUCAGGGAAAUGGCAUCCGUCUUCGAUCCGCUCGGCCUGUUCGUGCCGCUCACCAUUCGAGCGAAGAUGCUGUUUCAGCAGACGUGGAACAGCGGAGUAGACUGGGAUGACGCCUUGCCAAGUGACCAGCAGCUGAAGUGGCGUGAGUGGUUUAAAGAUAUACUGCAGCUCAGCAGCCUUUCAGUGCCAAGAUGUAUUCAUCCUUUCCCAGACGCUACCCUCCAGGAGAUUCACGUCUUCUGUGACGCCUCGGAGAAGGCCUACGGCACUGCUAUUUACGUCGUCUCCGAAUGUGAAGGUAAACGAGCUUCUCAGCUCGCGCUGGCUCGCGCUCGGGUAGCGCCACGAGGGAAGAUCCAAACUAUUCCAAGACUGGAGCUCAUGGGCGCCCUGCUAGGAUUGAGGCUUGUGAAGACGCUGUGCACAGCAAUGAACAAGACACUAGAAGAGGUGCACUUUUGGUCCGAUUCGAUGGACGUGCUGUGCUGGAUUCGGAAUGAGGUUCGCCGUUUUCAGCCGUUUGUCGCCCACAGGAUAUCAGAGAUCUGUGAGGUGACGUCACCUGAACAGUGGCAGCACGUGUCGGGGACAGACAACCCGGCAGAUGCGCCUACCAGAGGCUUAAGUUUUAGUGAGCUGAAAGAGAGUCGGCUCUGGAUGGAAGGGCCCAAGUUUCUGCUAGAAGACAGUAACGAGUGGCCACCGAAGAAGAAUUUUCAAGCGGAGCAGUUCGACAAGUCUGAGUUCAAGAAGGACCAGAAAAGCACAUUCGCUGUGAGAGCUCCGUCAGGUCCCAGCUGCCGACUUCUCAACCCGGAGGACUUCUCAAGCUGGACAAGGCUUUUGAGAGUCACAGCCUGGGUGCGGAGAUUCGUGAAAGUUCUGCGGAGGGAAACUGCGAACAGAACUCAACUGGACAAGGAAUUGAAGCCAGAGGAGAUACUGGAAGCAGAGAAGUUCUGGGUGCGUCAGGCUCAAAAGGACUCGUUCCCAGAAGAAAGAGAGCAGCUCGAACGAGCGGCGACGACCGGCACAACGGCACGGAAAGCCUGCCGGCGAAGCAGUGUGAAACAGUUGAGUCCAUUUCUGGAUGAAGAUGGAGUCAUCCGAGUGGGUGGUCGACUGCAGCGAUCGGAUCUGAGCUUCGAGACGAAACAUCCGAUGCUGCUACCGAAGAACCACAUCAUCAGCAAGCUGGUGAUUCAGCAUCUUCAUGUGAAGGCUGAACAUGGCAUGGGCAUUGAGCACACUCUGGCUGACCUCAGAAUGCGAUUCUGGAUCCCUGCAGCGAGAGAGAUGAUAAAGUCCUGCUCCCGAAAGUGCGUCACAUGUCAGAAGCUCACAAACAAGCCCGAGGAACAAGAGAUGGCACCGCUGACGACGUCACAAGUACAGUCAGGUGGUCUGCGAGCCUUCGAGGUAUGUGCAGUGGACUACGCUGGCCCGUUCCGGACCAAGCAGGGACGAGGGAAGGUGCGACAGAAGCGCUACUUAUGCAUCUUCGUGUGCCUGCGAACAAAGGCGGUUCAUCUGGAGAUGGCGUACUCACUGGACACCGCCAGCUUCCUGCGCGCCCUGAUGCGAUUCAUGUCGCGCCGCGGCUGUCCAGCAGAGAUACGAUCAGACAAUGGGAGAAACUUCGUGAGGGCCGCGAAAGAACUGAAGAAGGAGGUCCAGGAGCUGGAUGCCGUCUCUUCCGAUCCCAACGAUCGGCCGCCGCUGACACCGGGAGACUUCAUCACGGGACCGUCGAGAGUCGAGAUGGCUCCCUCAGCAGGCAACGAGGGAUGCAGUCUGCGACAGCGCUGGCGACGCUUGCAGCAGCUCAACACAGAGUUUUGGCGUCGCUGGUUGCGUGAGUACCUGCCGACUCUGCAGAUAUCACCCGCCUAG